AUGGCCACGGCCGCACCUCCGCCCGUGACUCCCACGACAACCGGGUCCAGGCCGCCCACAAUGGCCAACGGCGUCUCAAAUCAGCAUCAACAUCCCCACGACGACGCAGUCCUCACCAACGGCAACCACGUCCAUCACCACCAAGAAACUCGACCCGCUCCGGCCCCUCCUGCGGCGGCGGCAACGGCGACGACGACGAACAACUCCGCCGGCAAGAAGGACAGGAAACAGAAGAAGGCCAUGGACUCCAACGAGGCCUCCAAGCUGGUGGCCCAGCGCAUCUCCCAGCUGGAGCUCGACGCCGCCGGGGAGAAGGACCAAGAGGCUGAGAUUGAGCGCGAAGUUAAGAAGGCGAACCGAGAAUUGCACAACCAGACCUCGAGGAUGGACAACUUGCAGAAAAUCGAGCAUCUCUCGAAACGAUGCUCCGAUUUGCUGGCCGAGAUGAAGCGCCACGAGCGGGAGAGCAUCAAGAACAAGAAGCGGGGUGACCAACUCCAGAAGGAGAAGGACCAGAGCCGCACCGAGCUGAGCAAGACCGUUGGCCUGAAGGAGAAGCUUGAGAAGCUUUGCCGAGAGCUGCAGAAGGAAAACAACAAGCUUAAGAACGAGAACAAGACGCUACAGGACAACCAGACUAGGAAUCAAAGCUCUUGGGACGAGAAAUACGCGACGUUGCUGCAGAAGCUUGACGACUACCAAGAAGAGAAAGACAAUCCGCGAAAACAGGUUGUCGAUAUGGACCUAGAAGAAUUAUUUCGAUCGCGAUUCAAGUCACUCAUCGACCAGUAUGAGCUACGGGAGCUUCACUUUCACUCGCUCAUGCGGACCAAGGAGCUGGAGGUCCAGUACAACCUGGCACGAUUCGAGCGCGAGAAGAAGAGUGCUGAGGCGGAGAUGGCGAGGUCACGACAGCUUAACCAGCAGGUUCAGACGUUUUCCAAGACCGAGACCGAACUACGCACGCAGCUUAAUGUGUACGUGGAUAAGUUCAAGCAGGUCGAGGAUACUCUGAACAACAGCAAUGAUCUGUUCUUGACGUUUAGGAAGGAGAUGGAAGACAUGUCCAAGAAGACCAAGCGGCUGGAGAAGGAAAACGAGACUUUGAAGCGCAAACACGAGACGAUGAACACCAACGUCCUGAAGAUGGCUGACGAGAGGAAUCGAAUCAUGAAGGAGAUCGAGGAUCAGAAGAAGAGCAACGAGAAGCUGAAGAGCAUCAUCACGCAGAUGCAGCAGCAGGGCAGAGGGAUCCCCCAAGGUAUGGCCGGCACAGUGACGAACGGCUACGACGUGGAGGGUGAGGUGGACGGCGAGGAGAGCGAGUACGAGGACGAGGACUAUGAAGGCGAUGAAGUCAGCGAGGACGGCGAGGAGUACGAGGACGAUGAGGAGACAGAAGAUGAGAUCCACACUGCCGAGCCGCAACCAUACGGCCCGGAACGGCCACCGCCAGUGACUACCAACGGCAACCAUUAG